GACGUUACCGCGUGUGCGAGUGUGAUGAUGUGAUGUGGGAUAUAGGAGGUGUUUUUGUGGUUGUGUCCAGCAUUGUUUGUAUUUGAUAUCACUUCAUCGUGAUAAUAAAAGUGCCGAGCGGAUGAUAGCUACUGAGAAAGUAAACAAGACUUCCUAUUGUGUGAUAUGGAACAAAGACUAGACGCUAAACAUGGGGUAAACAAAUGUAUUCUGCAAUGAAAAACGUCAACCAGGAUAGGAACAAUACUCGAAAUGAUUUUAAAGUUCAGGCUACCGCAUGAUACCUACACUCCUUCCCAGAUUACUGUAUUUUUACAAAGACUGUCAGCUGCUGCCACCGAGUUUCCAGUCGGUUUCUUUGUACCAAAUUGAACCUAAGAAUUUACGUAUCAGCUCCUGUUCUGAAUGACUGCGUGAAAUAUGUUGAAGAAAGAACUUUUGUCUGUCAUCCAGGAAGGACAGACAAAGCACAUUUUUAUUCUUCUAGGCCUAAACAUCAUAUGCUAUUGUGUUCUCCUGUCAUGGUGCUCAAGUACUCAGAGCAUGGCUUUGUUGGCCUACACUUACACAAUGGGAUUUAAUAUACUAAGCUUGAUAAUAUGCAUUCUUUCAGUUUGGGUAAAGAAACAAAAACCGUCUCCAUUGUACAGUUUUGGAUAUGAGAGAUUUGAGGUACUUGCUGUUUUUGGAAGCACUGUUUUGGCACAACUGGCUUCAGUGUUCAUCAUCAAAGAAAGCAUUGAGCGGCUUAUCCUUGAACAAGCACAGAUACAUACAGGACGGCUCCUUGUAGGAAUGGGACUUGCUUUCCUAAUUCAUCUUCUGGUGAUCUAUGGUGUAAGCAACGCUGCUUUAGAACAUGUAAUCGCUGCCUCAUCCUCAAGCUGGUUGCAGGAGCAUGUUUCUGACAUAAGUCAGAGUGUGUGCUCAUUUAUACCAGCCCUAAGCAGUCUGUUGCUGCCUCGUAUUAACCCCAUGGUACUAAUAGCAUCUACAGGAGCAUUGCUCAUAUUUUUCACUGACCUGUUAAUAGAAAUGAGGAACUAUCAUAUGGCAGACACAUUUGCUGCCAUACUAAUAGCAGUCAUGAUGUGUGCAACUAUGUUGCCUAUGAGUGUCUAUACUGGGAAAGUGCUUUUGCAGACAACACCUUCACAUGUGAUUGGGCAGCUUGACAAAUGCCUUAGAGAGUCUUUAACCAUCGAUGGUGUGCUUGAGUUUCGAAAUGAACAUUUCUGGACACUUUCAUUUGGAAAAAUGGCAGGAUCUCUUCAUGUGCGUGUUCGGCGUGAUGCAGAUGAACAACUAGUGCUCGCUCACAUUGUGGACAAAUUAUCAAAUGUGGUAUCGGAAUUAACAGUGCAAGUAUUUAAGGAUGAAUGGACCUUAAGAAGAGGUGUGAAUAAUAUUGCUCCAUUACUAUCCAUGCCAAACAGUGUGCCGCAACCAUUUCAUUUAAAUGAUGUCAGUUAUAGCCGGACUAACUCUGCAGUCAAUGGCAAAAAUGCACGUGUGCCUCAUGGUAACUGGGUAGAUGCUACUGCUCUUCCACAUUCCGGUAACAAUUAUUCUGCAAGGUUACUCAUCCCUCAUGGUGCUACUGCCCAGACUGUUAAGUCAUCAGUUCCAGUGGGAAAGAUUGACAGUUGGAGUAACAUGGGAAAUACAACUAAUGUGGCUCCAAACUACAAUAUGAACAUUGUCCCAGCUACUCAGGCAGUGCAGCGAACAGAGAGGCAAACAAGUUUCAAUACAUAUGAAUCUAAUUAUGUGAGUCAUUCACUUCCAUUGACAAAUAGUUCAUCAUUUCAAAGUGUGGAUCAAACAAGCAACCCUUUUGGCACGCUAGUUGGAACUACUGUUGAAAUAAAUCAUUCACCACAUAAAAACAACCCAUUCUUACAAGAGAUUCCUGUGUCAAUGGUAACAAACCCUCAAAAUGUUAGAAACAAUAAUCUCCUCCUAUCAGGAACUAAUAUGUUAGAUUCUGAUAAAUUUGUGUAUCGUCCGCACUGAAAAUGUGUUUUAUGGCUGUGAAUUAUUAAGGACUUCAACACUUACUGUUAUAUUCAAGAAAAUGAUUACUCGAACAUAUAAUAUUUAUUUAUAACUGUAAGUUUUUCUGCAAGAAAUUACAGAUGUCAGUUUUAAAAAGUCUAUUAAUAUUGUUGACAGUGUUUCCUACCAGUAUUUUUAUGACAAAGUUUAAUGCUAUCUAGCAGUUUUAAUUGAAAUUUGUGAUUAACUUUGCUGAUUCCAUGUUUUUUGUAAUCAUUGUAAUGGUGGCAUGUUUUU